AUGUCGUCGACGGUGAAUCCGUUGCCGUCAACCUCAAACAAGCCGUUCUCGGCGGAGACAUACUUUGCAACACAACCACCGCCUGCAACAUUAGACUCAGAUAUCUCGCAUACUCGUGCUUUUAUUGCUCGUCAUGCAGUGGCCGGUCGGAAAGUCGUUCUUGUUACAAGUGGUGGAACGACUGUACCUUUAGAACUCAAUGUCGUCCGUUUCUUGGAUAACUUCAGCGCUGGAACAAGAGGCGCUACCUCCGCAGAAUAUUUCCUUCGGGCUGGAUACGCCGUCAUCUUUAUGCAUAGACAACACAGUCUACAACCGUACAGCCGGCACUAUUCUCACUCGACAAACCCUUUCUUAGAUUUCUUAGAGCUAGAAGAUCCACCCAACAGUUCGCCUAGUAGUGUCCCUGCAAUUACCGUACGAUCGGCCGAUCCAGAACAUCUACGAAGCGUACUCUCGGCUUACAAGGCGGUGCACAAGUCAGGCACUUUGCAUACUCUAACGUUUGUCACUGUGAACGAGUACUUGUGGCUUUUACGUGCUGUUUCAAAGGAGCUGAGCGUACUCGGCCGAAACGCAAUGUACUACCUUGCUGCAGCAGUUAGUGAUUUUUUCCUGCCAAGGGAAAAGAUGAGCGAGCACAAGAUCCAAUCGGGUAAAGGAAGUCUGGUAAUUGAGAUGGAUCAAGUACCGAAGAUUCUUAAGCCUAUGGUCGACGAGUGGACACCAGAAGGGUUCAUCGUUUCUUUUAAGGCACGUAUUCUUGAAACCGACUUAACUCUCCUUGUCCCGAAAGCACGCGCCGCACUGGAACGGUACGGACAUCAAGUGGUCAUCGGGAACGAACUUCACACACGAAAAUACGAAGUUGUAUUCGUCGCUCGUACAGCUUCAUCUCCCUCAUCUGCUUCUACUUCCACUCCAGAUGGGAUUAACUCAAGAUCAACGAAUAUAGAGGAGACCUGGCUUCGGAUAACCGAGCAGGCAUCGCACAUGGGGAAGGAGAUCGAAGAGGAUAUUGUUGACGAGCUUGUUCGAAGGCAUAUUUCGUGGAUUCGCUCUGCGAACACAUAGGAGCGUAAUAAAUGGUUAACUGAUUGUAAACGGAAGCUAAACCGAUGUACGAAAUGUAUCCC